AUGUUUGUCUCAGGCCAUUAUCACUUUACAGCGUGUGCUGAAGUGUCUGAUGAAGAGGAGCUAGAGCCGACCUCCACAAAGGCCCAGAAAAACAAACGGACCAAGAGGACAGAUGCGUGUGCUGAAGUGUCUGAUGAAGAGGAGCUAGAGCCGACCUCCACAAAGGCCCAGAAAAACAAACGGACCAAGAGGACAGAUGCGUGUGCUGAAGUGUCUGAUGAAGAGGAGCUAGAGCCUACCUCCACAAAGGCCCAGAAAAACAAACGGACCAAGAGGACAGAUGGUGAGUACAACUGA